GCAUAUCCAUCCGCAUCCAUCGCCCGAGCGACGCGCAUAUCCCCGCGCCGCGUACCGAUGCGCCGAUGCAUCAGCGUCAUAUGAUUUGCGCAACACAAUCGCAGCUGGUCUGAGCACUGUGUGUUGUGUGUCGGUGCGCCUUUCUUGUUACUGUGUGGUGUUUGAAUGUUUGAGCUUCAAACUCGUGACAACCUACGCAAUGUACGGAAAGUCAAACGAAGAAGUGGAGACACAAAGCGAUGAUCAGUCAUCUGGCAAAGAGACUGAAGGCGAAAUGUCGUCUGCCUCACAAGACCAGCAGAAUGCAAGAGCACAAUUGGUCUCUUCAAUCAAGAGCUUUAUUUUCAUACUGGGCACUGCUAUUGUUGUGUCGGUUGCCUUUAGGAACACACUUACAUGGCAUCUGCAGCGUUUCUGGGGUGCAUCUGGAGACUUCUGGCAGGGCCAAUGGGACAAGGUGGAGAAUAUUUUUGGCGGGGAUAAGUUUGCCAUGGGGGUGUACGGUACCUUUGUGGUAGCCUUUUUGGUCUAUUGGGUAGUAGGGGGUCUGUACACAAUAGUCGACCUGACUGGAAGACCAUCUUUUCUUCUACGUUACAAGAUACAGGAUGCAGCCCCAUAUCCCGUGGAAUACAGCAAGGUGUUGCAUGUGGUGGGUCAGGUUCUGUUCAAUCAAAUAGUUGUGGGCCUCCCGUUUGGCAUCUUAGCCCACUCCCUGCUUUGCUGGCGGGGCUACGACAGUGGUCGUGAACUGCCAACCUUCCACUGGGUUAUCUUCGAGCUUACAGUACACAUCCUCAUUGAAGAAGUUGGCUUCUAUUACUCUCACAGGUUGCUACAUCAUCCUCGUAUCUAUAAGCACAUCCACAAAAGGCACCACGAGUGGACCUCGCCCAUUGCCAUCACAGCCGUCUACUGCCACCCAGUAGAACAUGUGUUCUCCAACCUCCUUCCACCAAUGUUGGGUGUCAUAACCAUGGGUUCCCAUCCUGCUACUGCAUGGCUGUGGUUCACCCUUGCCAUCUUGUCCACCCUGAAUGCCCACUCUGGAUUCCACUUCCCAUUUUUCCCCUCGCCUGAGGCUCAUGACUACCAUCAUCUCAAAUUCACGCAGAACUAUGGAGUGCUAGGCGUUCUGGACCGUCUGCAUGGAACGGACAACCAGUUCCGCCAGACGAAAGCUUACAGCCGACACCUCAUGCUGCUGAGUCUUGUGCCCAUACGAGAACUAUACCCCGACAACAGCAAGAGCAAGGCCCGGUGAGAGGUUUCCUUUGUGGGCACUUGGUUAAUGCCACUUGGACGAAAGGAACCGAAACCACGGGCAGAACAGCAACAGCUUCCCUAUGGCCUGCAGAUAUGGCACCAUGUUGCCAGUCAUAUUUGUGUAUUAUGAUCUCCAAACCCAGCUUUGAUGCAGCUACAGGAAUGACACACACAGAAGAGUUGUCUAGUUCCACAGAAUGUGUGCAUACACACUUGAAAGGCCCAUAUUAUACAGCAACGUAGUAUAAUGGCUUUGGUUAAUUUUAUAGCGAGAUAUUAUAGUUAUAUGAACUCAUUUACAGUGUACGUGCUACUUCGAAGGAUCUUGUUCCUGUUCCAGCUCACUCUUUUUUUUAGAAUCACGCACGAGCUCUUGUAAUUCUGUGUGUUGAGCAUUCCAACUCUGAUCUAGGAUGAAGAACUAAUCUGCCAAGUGUACAAGAUACUGCACUGUCUGCUGCGUAGGUAUUGUGUAACCAGAGGGGGAUCUGUGACAGUUGUAAUUGAGAGCAAGACAGAGAAUCUUUCUUUUGAACAAGUGGACUACCGCCACUACCAGAUUGACUAUGUUACCCAGUUGGCUAUACCAUUUUUCAUGUCCACAAGUAUAAUCAGACAAAAUUUCAAUUUGGGGAAGGGAAAUGUCUGGAGUGAGACCGGUUCCCGUUCCACUUUGCCCAACUGUGCUACUGCCUGUGAUCAUAUUUCAGUUACGCAGAAUCACUGUCAUUGCUACUGUAAUGCAAUGCAUUGCUGACUAGUUAUGCGAAUGUUUCACAGCAGAAAUUGGAUCAUCCUCAUAUACUUCAGUGAUUGGUUAUGUUCAGUUGCAGCAUUUGAAGUUGAUAUUCAUACUACUUGCUGUUAUCUUACUUCUCGCAGCAGAUAAAAUGUACACUUACCUAGACUGCUGAAUUAUUACUAAUUGACUAUAUGGAUUUACUACACAUGUCGCUAGUCUUACUGUAACAGCAAAAUUCAAGCACCGUGUAAUCUCAGGGACACUGUCUUAUGACAUGUACAUUUGUGGCACAAAAGUGCUGAUAAGCUGUGCGCUUGUGCCUCCUUAUCAUAGUGGCAUGACAGGAAAACAAAUGCAUCAGUUGGAAAACUCAGGCAGAUAAAAAUCAAAACUGAAUGCAAAUACAACUUUCUUGCAUGUGUAUUUCACCUUCGAUGUACUACCAGCAAGCUGCACCGUCUGCUAUAGCUGCCAUAAAUUAUGCAUGUUCCAAAUGUUCGACACCUCAUGCACAUGGCCAUCUGAACUGAACAGAGUUCAAAAGAUAUCAACAGAAAAGCAUUCCUCCUUUGAAUGUGUUGGCAAAAUGGAGUGACAAUGUUCCAAGCUGAUAAGAUUCGUGCUUUGUCCAUUGAAAUAACCAUUUCAUUAAGUUUUCAAUUCUGUUUUCUUGCAAUACUGCGAAGCAGUUCUUCUGCUCCAUAUUUUUCAUGACAUCAUACCUGUAAUCGAGAGCCAGCAGUUGCAGUUACAUGAAGUAAUGCAACAAACACAUGCACGUGAUGCUUACAAUGCACUUGUCUGAUGCGCUAUUCUAAUUUUGACAAACUUUCCCUCAUUGCAGAAGUAGUACAUGAAAUAUGCUAACCUUCUCCCAACAGUACAAGAUAUAACACUUUGUAAUAUAAAGCACUGUAAUAUAACUUACAGUAGCAUGAAGCAAUAUUCUAAGGUAAAGUAGUUUUCAAAAAGACUGCUCGAGUUUUAUGUAAUAAAAACUUGUAGUUUGUAGCUUUACUUUAUAAAUUUGUUGUUUCUCAAAGAGAUCUUUUAUUUGUCGAACGGUUGAAUGGGAAAGACACAAGAAUGGCUUUUUCCAUGCAGUACCUUUAAUUAUUUGGACAAGGCAUGAUUUUGAGGAACACUACUAGUCUGAACCAACCACACCGAAAUUGGGGAUUCCUUACACAACGUGCUUGAGUGCAGAAGAAUAUGAUGAUGUUGCACAGCAGAUGUAUUGGGUGGUUGUAUUGUGAAUGAGUGAUACUUUACAGGGUGUUCUGUUUUUCAUGACUGAUGGAUUAUCAGUGUCAUUAAUGCAGCAACAAAAUGCUACAAAAAAUAAAGUAUUGGGCCUGUACAGUUAGCUGCACUUAAGUAUUCUAUACCAUACUCUAUGUAAUGUUUCGAAUUCUGCAGCACGUAUCUCUUCUGUUUGCGUUACGUUUUCUGACCUGUUUACUUGUGUAUGUAUACAGGUUUUGUAGCCUGUGCCAUAUAUAUAUAUAUCUGUUAUUUUCUGAAGUCGCAUGUAAUAAAACACCCUUGUUAUAAAAAGCA